AUGGCAAGAGGUCGCCCUAGAGCCCAACAGCCGCAACCCAUUCCACCCCCCGCCGACUCCGUAGACGCCGACAUCAAAGCGCAGCUGCCACGGCUCGAGGUCGAAGCCGAGUUAGACGCACUCGAUCGAGAAUUCGAAGAAGACCGCCGCGCAGCUCUUCGGGCGUUCACCACACCCGUGACUCAGUACCGUCUUUGGUCUACCAACCCCCGCAAUCUCGAGGUUGAGGUCGAGGAGGAGGAGGACGGGGGGGAGGAGGAGGAGGAGGAGGAAAGCGACGAUGAAAACGACGAGCGUCCGCCGCGCAGCACUAAUCAGCGCACCUUGGAAGAACGACUCAGGCGGGAACUUGAAUACAUAGAUGAUCUGCUCGAACAGGACGAGGAUGCCGACCAGGAGAACUUGUCGGUGCCGCCCGAACAGUGGAGGGCGGCAGACUUUGUCGAGGAAGAAAUGGUGUACGCGUCCAUCGACGUGCUCAUCUUGGACGCCCUACGCUACCUGCAAACCGUGGAGAGGAACAGCACGCUGAGGUUGUACACCUCGUGGAUCUAUCACUACAAGAGGUGGGCGGCGAAGAUGUUGAGGCAAAUUCGCAACAAGCUUCCGCAGGAGUACAGGCUUAAGCACGUAGACAAGAUAGGGCACUACAUCCGGGACAACAAGAAGAAAAACUGGGACCAAGAGGCCGAUGUCCCCCGGGCGUACGUGUGGCUGCACGGCCCUAGGGUCACCAAGUCCCGGCUUCGCGCAUACGUGAAGUACAUGGUUCGGGAGUUGAAGCUCGAUGCCGAGUCCAGCAAGGAGGGCGACAACGCCACAGGAACACAGCCUGUGCAAUCUACAACGGUGCACACGCUCCUCGGGCGCAUAAAGGCAUGCCAGAUGGCGGCGAGAGUGGAGGCGACGAUAUACCGGGAGACGGAGCUGAGCAUCAUGCGUGAGAUAUCGGUGGUCAGGUCGGAGGUGCGGUUCAUGAUCCGCACCAAGAACGAGCGGGACAUCAAGAACUGCACCGAUCGGCGUCGCGGAACCAUUGGCGAUACCUACACCGCAGAACAGUUCCGCCAGAUCAUGUUCAGGGUGCUGCCGACGUGGGCGGCCAAGGCUUGGAACCCGCGGGGUACGGGCCCGUCGCAGACGCUGUGGCGGUUUCUGCUGUUGAAGGUGCUCACGCUACUCUCCCACCAUUCUCUCCUGCGCGGUGCAAGCAUCCGCGAGAUCACGCUCCCCGACAUAUUCUUGUACCGACUGGCGAGCACCUCGUCGGUGAACCCGGAGAACCAGCCGGUCGUCAUGGUCAUCGCUGCGCGGAACUCGAAGACGUCCAAGGAUGUGCGUUUGCAGCAGAGCUACGCUGCGCGGCACCUCGAAGCGGAGUUGUGCGCCGUCGGCGAGACGGGCCUGUGGUUGCACUUCAUCCUCGACCAGAUCGUCCAGUUUCACGGCGUCCGCCUCAUUCUGCCGGUGGACACCAGCACACGCGCGAGCUGGUACAAGAAGCACCUCUUCUUCGCCAAAAACGACACCGACCAAGGGGAGCUCUCUGCGGCAAGCCACCAACGCUGGACACGGCAGUUUUGGGACAAAAACGGGGUGUUCUGCAAAAGGAACGUGCACGCCGCUCGAGCCGGAGGGGCCCAGGAGCUGGCCAUCGACGGCACGCCGCGCGCCGAGAUCGCGGAGCUGGGUCACUGGGCGCUCGACAAGAUGACGCGAGCGUACAUCACCGCCAUUCCGGUGGGGGUGGUUAUGAAGAAGUCCGGUUACUCUGGUUACAAGCAGGACUACUUCUUGGGCCGGAGCAGGUUGGAGCCCUCCGAUAAGCUCUUGAAGCUCCUCGCCGAGCACAUCUUCCCCGGCGUCGACGACAUGCUGAAGACGGCGGAAGGGAAGGCUGCCAAGGGGUCCGACGCCGACAAAGCCGCGGUGCACUUCUGGCGCACACUCCAGAUGCUGCGCCGCAUCGUCGCCGAGGACCUAGCGGUGAAGCUGGUCCGCACACCAUGGCACCCGUACGUCCAAGGCUCCCUGCUCUGCCGGAUCCCCCUCUUCCAGCACUGGGCGAAACGGGUCGAGGCGCUCGACACAGAGACGAUCAACAAGCGUCGGGACCCGACCCAAAUUCAGGCAGAGGAAAUCUCUGUCCGCAUGGACACCGAGUACUACAGCAUAUCCCUCAAGGCGAAGCUGACGAAGGAGAUGGAGCGCGCCGCGAACGAGAAGAUUGACUUCCUGGAGGAGCUCGAGAAGCGCGACGACACCAUCGCGUCUCUCACCGCCGAGAUAACCCGUCUCACCGAGGCACUCCGUGUGUCCGAAGCACGGAGAGUGCCGGAGGCCCCGCUGUGUGCUACCGCACAAGCUCCCAGCGAGGGUGGCUCGGCGGAUUCGGCCAACAUGGGAGCCGGCGCCGACGGAGGGGACGACAAACCCCCGCCACCCCCACAGACGGAUGAGGAGGCUAGUUACGAGCUCAACGUGGUACAACCGUGGCGGGAGGCCAAGGCGAAGCUGACGAAGGAGAUGGAGCGCGCCGCGAACGAGAAGAUUGACUUCCUGGAGGAGCUCAAGAAGCGCGACGACACCAUCGCGUCUCUCACCGCCGAGAUAACCCGUCUCACCGAGGCACUCCGUGUGUCCGAAGCACGGAGAGUGCCGGAGGCCCCGCCGUGUGCUACCGCACAAGCUCCCAGCGAGGGUGGCUCGGCGGAUUCGGCCAACAUGGGAGCCGGCGCCGACGCAGGGGACGACAAACCCCCGCCACCCCCACAGACGGAUGAGGAGGCUAGUUACGAGCUCAACGUGGUACAACCGUGGCGGGAGGCCAAGACCGUGAGGGACGCCUGGCGCCUCUGGAACUCCGCCACCGCUAAUGACACCCGUCGGCUUUGCGACAGGGUUGCCGAGCCGGGGUUCAUCGACCGCCACACCCUCCUCAACGGCGCGACGCAGGGUGCACUCAAGAUGAGGGUGCGCCGCAUGCUGAAGGUCAUGGAUGCGGUGCGCCAGCUACGCGCGAGCGACGGCGACGCCGACACCGAGGCCGUGGUCGACGCACUGCACAGGAUCGCGGCACCGGGCAUCGGGACCUUCGCCGAUGCCCUCACGGUGCUCAAACCGGGAACGGCACCGAUGUUGUCCAAGGAGCCUGGCAUGGGAGUCAAGGGGCUGGGCCCCAAGGUGGUCUCGAAGCUACGUCUCGCCUGUGCGCUUGUGGCGCUCAACCUGAAGCAGAGUGAUUGGGUCGAAACCAUGUUUCCAGACACGUGGGAGGAGCAGAUGCCGAAGACCAAGGCCGACCUGGCGAAGCCGACGGCACCGGCCAAGUCGACAGCACCAGCCAAGCCGGCCGCUCCGGUGCACCGUCCUCCGACCAAGCGCAAGAAGUCGGCAUGA